ACAUCUCCUGUCAACAUGCCCUACAACUGUUGCUCUGGAAACUUCUCCUCCCGCUCCUGCGGAGGCUACGUGAGCUACCCAGUCUCCUCCUGUCGCUCUUCCUACCCCAGCAACCUGGUCUACACCACUGACCUCUGCUCUCCCAGCACCUACCAGAUCUCCACUGGCUGCCAGGAGACCUGCUGUGAGCCCUCCAGCUGCCAGACGUCCUGCGUGGUGUCCAGCCCCUGCGUGACGUCCUGCUCCCGCCCCAGGAUCUCCGUGCCCUGCAGUCCCUGCCAGACCACUUACACCAGGUCUCUGGGCUGCAGGUCCAACAGCAGCUGCUCCCUGCGCUGUGCACCCAGAAGCUAUUACUCCCUGGGCUGUGCACCCAGAAGCUAUUAUUCCCUGGGCUGUGGACCCAGAAGUUUUUACUCGCCAUUCUUUGGCUCCUAUGGCUUCAGAUCCCUGGGUUAUGGGGAUUGUGGCUUUCCUUCCCUGAGCUAUGGGUCUAGCUUCUACUAUCCAAGCUACUUUGCCUCCAGAAGCUGCCAGUCAUCGUGGUACAAGCCCACCUGUGGAUCCAGCUUCUACCAGUCAACUUGCUAAGAUUCCAGAUUGCUUUGGCUGUUAUGGUUCAGUCUCUAUUGGCACAGCCACCUUUGUCAUUCCCACAAAUUACUGCCUUUACUCUUAAAUCAUCUAUUUCUUGAUUACCAACUUUUAGAAGACUCUGAAAUAAAUGUGUAACCCAAAGUUAAGUUUCAAU